AUGGGAGAGGAUACCUCAAAGAAAAGUGACAAAGCUCCAUUAGUCAGUGCUUGAGCAGGGAUCUUAGGAUCCACUGCUGGAAAAGCAGUCACUCAUCCAAUAGAUACUAUUAAGGCUCGGAUCCAGGUUAUUCCUGGAGCUACGAUCCAGGUUGGAAAAGGCUCUCUUAUCAUGAACUCUAUAAAGGAAGUUAUUAAGAACGAAGGAGUGGCUGGACUUUAUAAAGGUCUUCCUACAGCUUUGAUAGGAGGUAUCCCUGCAGCAUUUCUAUAUUUUGGAGCCUAUGAAUUUUGGAAGAAAAAUACCCUUGAAGUUGAAUAUCUUAAAAAUCAUUCAUUUAUUGCAUAUCUUAGUGGAGGAAUGUUUGCAGAAACUGUUGCAUGUAUAUUAUUUGUUCCUACAGAUGUCCUCAAAGAAAGACUGCAAGUCCAGAGUAAGCUCAGGACGUACAAAUACUCUUCAGAUCUGAAUGCGCUUGCUCAGAUCUUUAAGAAUGAGGGAUUUCGAGGUCUCUAUAAAGCAUAUCCUGCAACAGUAUUUAGCUUCGGUCCAUUUUCAGCAUUUUAUUUCAUGUUCUAUGAGCAACUAAAGGGAAUGGUUGUGAAGAACGAUGCUGAUACAUACCUCCAGAAAGUAAAAGAGUCAACACAUGUCAAAAUUGGUUUCUUCCAAAGCAUGUUCUGCUCUAUGAUAGCUGGAGCAGGAGCUUCUUUAAUCACAAAUCCUCUUGAUUUAGUGAAACUGAGGCUCCAAGUUCAAAGAGGAAGCAGUAGCUCUGGCAAAAACGUAAGCGAGUUUGUCUACAAGCAUAUGCUUGAUGGGCUUAUCCAAGUUGUUAAAAAGGAAGGACUUCUUGCUCUUUGGAAUGGAUCCUUUGCCAGAAUGUGAACUCAUUUCCCAACUGUAGCAAUAAGUAUGAGUAUCAUUGAGGUAUCUAAACCACAUAUCGAGAAAAUAUUGGUAUAA